AAAAAACUCUUGAAACAUUUCCAAAUAGAUGGAACUAAAAUAUAAAGUCGCAUGCGACAAAUUAAAAUAGCAAGGACUAACUGGAAAGGACCAUAAGUGUGACCCUAACUGCAUUGGAAUCGGAGCUUUCUUGCCACUACGGUCACACUAGCACGCCCACGUUUGGUCCUUCCGGCUGGUAUCUGUUGCCUGGUCAUGGAGCAGUCUCAGCCGCAGGCGAGGCCGUCCUCCUCCUCGGGGAGCGGGAAGCCCCAGGACUCUGGCAUCUUGACGCGUGAGGACUUCGACGGCGGACCCGUGAGCAUCGACGAAGUGGACGCGGGACUGUUUUUGGGCAACCUGACGGCGGCCACGCACAUGGAGACGCUGCGCUCUUUUAAGAUCACCCACAUCCUUACGCUGGACUCGGUGCCCCUGCCACAGCACAUCCUGGAGGCCAGCUUCCUCACUACCAAGUACAUCCAGAUUGCCGAUAUGCCACGCGAGGACAUCCUGCAGCAUUUGGAGGGCUGUGUGGACUUCAUCAGCGCCGCCCUGGCCCAGCAGGGCAAUGUCCUGGUGCACUGCUACUUCGGCGUGAGUCGCAGCUCCUCCACGGUGAUCGCCUACAUGAUGAAGCGCCACAACCUGGACUUCAUGCCUGCCUACGAGCUGGUCAAGGCCAAGCGCCGAUUCGUUCAGCCCAACGCCGGGUUCGUCAGCCAACUUAAACUCUUCCGCCGCAUGGGCUGCAAGAUCGACCCCAGCUGUCAGCGCUACAAGAUCCACCGGCUGCGCUUGGCCGGCGAGCAGAUGCGCAAGGCCAAGAUCCUGCCUCAGAGCUUCCACAACGUGGUCCGCCCGGAUCCGGAUAUCACACGCGAGAACCCGGAGCCAAUAGUGUUCCGCUGUCGUCGCUGUCGCCGCGUUCUGGCCUCCAAAUCGCACGUGCUGGAGCACAAACCGCGCGACAGGCCACCGCAAGAGGUGGUGGUGCCCAAGGAGAAAGCCAGUGGCCAGGGUCAGUCACAAGGCCAGUCGCAGGAUCAGGUUGAGAACCCGAAUGGACCUCGCUUGCUAGACCAGUUGGCCGAGCGCAUCCGGCAGUCAUCACUUGGUUCGCCCAGUCAUGAUGGCACGCCAAACUAUUGCCGGAGCAUACUGUUUGUGGAACCCAUUGCCUGGAUGCACCGCAUCAUGCUGAACACCCAGGGCCGCCUGUACUGUCCCAAGUGCGAGCAGAAGCUGGGAAAUUUCAGCUGGAUCAACGCCUGCAAGUGUCCGUGCGGGGAGACGAUGACGCCAGCAUUUUACCUGAUACCUUCCAAGGUGGAGCUCUCCAAGGCCGUGCAAAACGUGCAGACAACAGUUUAGGUGCAACAUGCACCAAAUAGAACGAGACGGCAUCAGAGUUCUGGUACAGAAGCGGGAUUGCUGGACGCCCUUGUCAGCACACACCGAUCGGCAAUCGCCCACCUAGACGAAUGUCAAUGGUCACUGUCACCAGGACGCAUUAAUCAGAGUUUGUGUUUGUAGUCCCUGCUAUAGGCAUCAAGUUAUGGUUAAAAAGAUAUUUCUAAAGAAACGUGUGGUAUUUGUGAUACUCGGCGUAAAGAAAUAACAGUAUUAAGUCGUUUAAUUUGAAAUAUCUUCUUUAGAAUUCCAUUUGAUUGACAUGCAUUACAUUAAAUACCAUUUAUUAGUAUUGAUUUGUUAUUUUAUUUCAUAUUUUAAUUUAAAGGAUAAGAAUUUCUUAGUAUGAAAUGUUAUUCGUAUUUUAGUAGUCGUAUUCACAGGCUUUGAAAACACAUACAAAUAACUAUAAUUUAACGUAUUUUUCAUUUAACAUUGUAAUUUAUAGAAUUUAUUAUGAAAAUCUUGGGAAAGUAACGACUUUUUGGGAGGAUAUAUCGCAAAUUCAUUCCAAAGUGAAAGUCCUAUUCCAAGUUCCAAAAAAUUAGAAUCCACGAUUAAGUUAAAUAUGUGAAAAAUGUCUAGUAUAACAAAAUUGUUUUUCUUAAAAUACAAAAAAAGUGAAGGCAAUCUUAUAUGUAUAUCAAUCAAAUGAAAUUUUCUCUCUAGAAGAUAUUUUAGUUUAGUCAAAGACGUUAUUUUCUUCACAUCGUUAUAUCUCAAAUAUUACAUGCCAGAAACGAAUAUACGGAUGCAGUUCUGCGUUAAAACCUGCACCUUUUACAAAGGGUUAUUUUGUUGUCCUGUAUUAUUAGUCAGGUGCAUAUUGAAGCCCUGGUUAUACAUCGUGCUGAAUAUCGCCACAAACCACAGCCGCUUCGGCGUAUCUGAGAUCUUAAUAAUUAAUAAUAUACUCUUGGGAUAGAAUUUGAAUCGGUUAUAAAAACUGUUGUCAUGUCACAGUAUCAAAACUUCAACGCAUAUAACGUAAUACAACAGGAAAAAAAAAAGAAAACUAACAUAUCUCAGAAACCAACUUCGGAUUCAAUUUAGUCAACUAAAAUGCACUUUUCGUAAGAAUAAGAAAUAAUCAAACAGUAUUUGUUUAUUUCCAAAUGGCAAAAUAACGUUGACAAUUCGAGUUAAGAGAAAUUUUGUAAAACUAAAACUGUUACAUAACUGACAUUAUGGUUACGGUUUGGGCUCGAAAUUUUGUUUCAUUUUAUAUAGUUAGCUAAACAAUUUGCCGAUAUAAUUAAUUAUACACGUACAUAAAUUUGUUGGAAACCAUGAUAAAAUAUCAAUUUUUGCUGUUCCAUAUGCAUUUGCAUAGCUUUUUGCAUGUUACCAACACACUAACUAUAAAUGUAUUUUAGAUAUUUUAACCUUUUUGGAAAGAAUUUUACGCAAAACGAAAAAAACAAAAUUUUCAAUGACAAUAUCUAAAUUUACGCGAUAAAUGUUAUAGUCAAGGGCUUGUCAGCCAAAGAGUCGUGUCUGGGAUCGUCUAUAAAAGUUAGGACUUUGAACCGAAGGUGUUAGACACGCUGUAGGUAUCCUCAGACAUUGGCACCACCUUAUCGAUAUUGAUGUGCUUUGUUGACCUAUAUGUGUUGUAUGUAAAUGAGUGUGUAUUGAUAUUAAAAUCAAAAUUGUUUGUUUUCCAUACCAAAA